AAAAAAAAAAAAAAAAAAAAAAACAAGCUGCUGAAAUUUAAGCAGGGGAGGGAGCGGCAGCCAGGCAGUGCCGGGGUCGCUCCGCUCCGCCGCAGCAGGCAGCGGGGCUGCCGGCGCCAGGCCGAGCCCGGGGACCCCUCCGGAGCGGGGGCUCCCCAAAUUCCCACCCGACGGCGGCGGCAGGAGGAGCCGGCCCGGACCGGUCCUCCCUCCACUUGGCUGACCAAGGCUGGCUUAGAAGGCUUUUCCUUCUCCCAGAAAAAUGGGGACUGACAGUGAAAACCCAGUGCUGAGGAACGUGCUCCUCAGCUUCAACUUGCUACUGCUGGGCACCGUCCUCAAGCCUUUCGAGUGCCGGCUGGAGGUGACAACAGAGCCAGCCGAGCGGCCGGCCGUGGAUGAGGAGGGUGGUCUUGCCAACUGCAGUCCACCCAUCAAAGAGCAGCCCAUGGUUUUCCACCACAUCUACAACAUCAACAUCCCCCUGGACAGCUGCUGCUCCUCCAUGCUCAAGCCUUCGGCCGAGGAGGUGAGUUCAGAAGACGACAGGCUGGCGGAGUACACGGAGCAGACCUCCGACAGCGAGAGCCAGGUCACCUUCACCCACAGGAUAAACUUGCCCAAGCAGGCCUGCAAGUGCUCCACCUCCCUCCCAUCCCUGCAGGAGCUGCUGAGCAGGAUUGAGAUGCUGGAGAGGGAGGUCUCCAUGCUCCGCGACCAAUGCAACUCCAAUUGCUGCCAAGAAAAUGCAGCCACAGGACGCCUGGAUUACACCCUGCCGUGCAGCGGCCACGGGAACUUCAGCCUGGAGUCGUGCCGCUGCGUCUGCAGUGAGGGCUGGGCCGGCAGCAACUGCUCGGAGCCCCGCUGCCCCCGGGGCUGCUCCAGCCGUGGUGUCUGCCUGGAGGGCCAGUGCGUCUGUGACAACGACUACGGCGGUGAGGACUGCUCCCAGCUCCGCUGCCCCGCCGGCUGCGGCGCCCGCGGGCUCUGCGUGGAUGGCGAGUGUGUCUGUGAGGAGGGCUUCGCCGGCGAGGACUGCUCCCAGCCCCGCUGCCCCCGCGACUGCUCGGGCAAGGGGUACUGCACCAACGGCACCUGUGUGUGCGUGGAGGGCUACGCUGGAGAGGACUGCGGGUGGUUGCGGUGUCCCAACGCCUGCAGCGGACGUGGCAUCUGCCAGGAUGGCAUCUGUGUCUGCGAGGAUGGUUAUGGAGGGCAGGACUGCUCGGCAGUGGCUCCUCCCGAAAACCUGCGCGUGACGGGGAUUAGCGACGGCUCCAUCGAGCUGGCAUGGGACAGCCCCGGGGCAGCCACCGAGUACGUCAUCUCCUACCAGCCGGCGGGCCCAGGGGGCACCCAGCUCCAGCAGCGCGUGCCUGGGGACUGGAGCACCAUCACCAUCACAGAGCUGGAGCCAGGCGUUGCCUACAACAUCAGCGUCUACGCGGUCAUCAGCGAUGUCUUGAGCAUCCCUGUUACCGCCAAGGUGAUGACCAACCUGGCCACACCGCAGGGGCUGAAGUUCAAGACCAUCACGGAGACAACCGCGGAGGUGCAGUGGGAGCCCUUCUCCUUUCCCUUCGAUGGCUGGGAGAUCAGCUUCAUCCCCAAGAACAACGAGGGCGGUGUGAUCGCCCAGCUCCCCAGCACCGUCACCACCUUCAACCAGACGGGGCUGAAGCCAGGUGAGGAGUACACCGUCACCGUGGUGGCCCUCAAGGACCAAGCCAGGAGCCCCCCCGCCUCUGACAGCGUCUCCACCCUCAUCGAUGGCCCGACGCAGAUCCUGGUGCGGGACGUCUCCGACACAGUGGCCUUUGUGGAGUGGACGCCCCCACGUGCCCGGGUGGAUGCCAUCCUGCUGAAGUACGGGCUGGCAGACGGGGAGGGCGGGAGGACCACCUUCCGCCUGCAGCCCCCCCUCAGCCAGUACUCCCUGCAGGCCCUGCGCCCUGGCGCCCACUACCACCUUGCCGUCAGCGCCCUCCGGGGCACCAACGAGAGCCGGCCGGCCCUCGCCCAGUUUACCACAGAGAUUGAUGCCCCCAAGAACCUGCGGGUGGGCUCACGGACACCCGCCAGCCUUGAGCUUGCCUGGGACAACAGCGAGGCGGAGGCACACAGCUACAGGGUUGUCUACAGCACCCUAGCUGGAGAGCACUACCACGAGGUCCUGGUGCCACGGGACACCGGCCCCACCACUCGGGCCACCCUCACAGACCUGGUGCCGGGGACGGAGUACGGCAUUGGGAUUUCAGCCGUGAUGGACAGUCAGCAGAGCGUGCCAGCGACCAUGAACGCCAGAACCGAGCUUGACAGCCCCCGGGACCUCCUGGUGACGGCCUCCACAGAGACGUCCAUCUCGCUGGCCUGGACCAAAGCCAUGGGUCCCAUCGACCACUACCGAGUCACCUUCACCCCUGCCUCAGGGAUGGCCUCCGAAGUGACGGUGUCCCCGGACAAGUCACAGCUCACCCUCUCGGAGCUGGAGCCCGGGACAGAGUACACUAUCACCAUCAUCGCCGAGAGGGGACGUCAGCAGAGCCUGGAGGCCACCGUGGAUGCUUUCACAGGGGUCCGGCCCAUCACGCAGCUGCACUUCUCCCAGCUGACGUCCUCCAGUGUGAACAUCACAUGGAGUGACCCGUCCCCACCAGCAGACCACCUGGUCCUCACCUACAGCCCCCGGGAUGAGGAGGCGGCGCAGCGGCUGGUGCUCGAUGGCACCCUCAAGCACGCCAGCCUGACGGGCUUGUGGCCGUCCACCGAAUACCUGGUGUCGCUGGUGGCCGUCCAUGGUGCAGUCAGCUCUGAGCCUGUCGUGGGCUCCAUCAUGACAGGGAUGGAUGCACCGAAGGACCUUAGGGUGGGCAACAUCACCCAGGACUCCAUGAUCGUCUACUGGAGCCCUCCUGUUGCUGCUUUUGACCACUACAGAAUAUCAUACCGUGCCACUGAAGGGAGGACAGACAGCGCUGCCAUCGCUAGCGAUGCCACCGAGUACAGCCUCCACCGCCUGCAGCCCGCCACCAAGUACGAGAUUGGGGUGAAGAGCGUGCGGGGCCGAGAGGAAAGCGAGGUGGCCUCCAUCACCACGUACACAGCCAUGGAUGCCCCCUUGGGUGUCACAGCCACCAACAUCACCCCCACGGAGGCGCUGCUGCAGUGGAACCCGCCGCUGAUGGACGUGGAGAGCUACGUCCUUGUCCUCACCCGCCACGCAGUUGCAGGAGAAACAAUUCUUGUGGAUGGGACCAACCAGGAGUACCAGCUGACCAACCUUCUGCCCAGCACCACCUACACAGUCGUUAUGUACGCCACCAACGGGCCCCUCGCCAGCCAGACCAUCAGCACCAACUUCACAACUCUUUUGGAUCCUCCGAGCAACCUGACUGCAAGCGAAGUCACUCGGCGGAGUGCCCUCCUCUCCUGGUUGCCUCCCGUGGGAGAGAUCGAGAACUACGUCAUGACCUACAGAUCGACCGACGGAAGCCGCAAGGAGCUGAUUGUGGAUGCUGAGGACACGUGGAUCCGCCUGGAGGGGCUUUCUGAGACCACAGAGUACACCGUGCGCCUGCAAGCUGCCCAAAACACCAUGCGGAGCGGCUUCAUCUCCACUACCUUCACCACAGGUGGCCGCAUCUUUGCCAACCCUCAGGACUGCGCCCAGCACCUGAUGAACGGAGACACGCUGAGUGGCGUCUACACCAUCUCCAUCAAUGGGGACCUCAGCCAGCGGGUGCAGGUGUACUGCGACAUGACCACAGAUGGGGGCGGCUGGAUUGUUUUCCAGAGGCGGCAGAAUGGGCUGACUGAUUUCUUCCGGAAAUGGGCAGAUUACCGUGUCGGCUUCGGCAACCUGGAGGACGAGUUUUGGCUGGGCCUGGACAACAUACACAAGAUCACGUCCCAGGGGCGCUACGAGCUGCGAAUAGACAUGAGGGAUGGUCAGGACGCAGCGUACGCCUACUAUGACAAGUUCUCCAUCGGCGACUCCCGGAGCCUCUACAAGCUCCGAAUAGGAGACUACAACGGCACUUCUGGGGACUCCCUCACCUACCACCAGGGCCGCCCCUUCUCCACCAAGGACAGGGACAACGACGUGGCUGUGACCAACUGUGCCAUGUCCUACAAGGGGGCCUGGUGGUACAAGAACUGCCAUCGAACCAACCUCAAUGGCAAGUACGGAGAGGCCCGGCACAGCCAGGGAAUUAACUGGUACCAUUGGAAAGGCCACGAGUUCUCCAUCCCCUUCGUGGAAAUGAAGAUGCGACCUUACAACCACCGUAACAUCUCUGGGAGGAAGCGACGGUCCCUACAGCUCUGAGCCAGCCAACCCCCUCUCCUACCACCUGACCUUUUCUGUCAUUUGUUUGUAUUUUAUAAUAUGAAAAGGGGGGAAAAAAUACUGCUCCUCUGAGAUAGCAACCUGACCCUCAUGAGUCCUGGAGGGAACCACAGCACAAGCAAGGGCUGUGGGAGAGGAAAGACCUCAUUGCUUUGCAUCUGUCCCAGAGAAAUACCAAAUUUCCAGUCUCCCUACCCCAGUACUCUGGCCCUUAACACAAAAGGAAAGAAGGAAAGAGACCAACAGAUUUUUGAUAUUUUUGUUAAAAGACUUAGAGAAGUCAAUACCCCAGCAAUACCCCGUCAGAUGAUUUUGCCACAGGGCUCGUGGCAGAACCCUUCCCUGCAGGGACCUUGGUGCAGCCACGUCCACCCCAGCGGUGGCCAGGGCCACCCCGCCAGCUCCACACCACCACACAGGCUCCAGCUCCCCCAGCAGGCAGGGGGUCACCUCUCCCCCCGGCAUCCCAUCCUGAGCUUUGGUUAUCGCAGGGGUCACCAGGAGGGCUGGCAAAGGUCUGCAUACGUAGGCGAGCCGCAGAGAGCCCACAGCUCGUAUGCUGGGAGGAAAAAAAAAAAAAAUAAAAAUUCUUGCAGUCUGGCAGUUUCGUUAGGGCCCAUUUCCUCUGCUGUCUCUGUAUGCCACGGUGUUGUCACUCACAGAGGUCACCGGUUGCAAACCAAAGAGCCGCAGAGAAGGACCAGCAACCAAAAAACGAUCGCACAACCCCAGCUCAGCCCAGGUGCCACGUCCAGGGGCCUCCAGCAAGUGGGGAAUGAUGCCAGCAGUUGAAGGAGGAUAAAUGCAAGCUGGGAAAUGCCCAGUCCCUUCCCUCUCCUACACCAUCCCUCUUUGCUGCCAUCACAAGAGGGACCCAAAUAGUGCCUUGGUAUCACCAUCUUUCUAAUGGGAGAUCAGCUCUUUCUCCUCCUUGAAGGAAGGCUUGGUCCGUUCAGACUUUGGAGCACUUGGAGACCUAUGAAAGGACAGAUGUGUUCACUCUUCCUGUCCUUAAUUUCUCUCAUCUUAAGGAAGACAGACACUUCAGGUAGCCUUGGUUGUGCUCUGUUGUCAUCAACACCACCUCCACAUAGCCCAAGCAUCCCUCGCUCUGGAUCCACUCCUCCGCAGAGGGCUGUGGUGAAUGCUGUGCAUUGUCCCUCGGAGAAGGGACUCGUCCACACGUCCGAGGACAAUGCAGCUCAUCACUGGAUUCACAGCCAAGGGAGCAUUACAAAUGCUAAACAUUGCUUUUUGAUUUGAUCACACUGAAGCUGCUUUGUCUAAAGAAACAUCUUCCAGAUGGGAACAUAAAGGCAUCUUUGCAGUAGCUUAUAAUUCAGGCCAGUGUCUCUUUCAUGGUCAUGCUCCUUGGUUUGCUGACGUUACUCACCA